AGGGAUUAUCUGGUAGAGAAAGCGAUAUAGAAGAUAAUACAGAGGAAUUAUUUGGAGAAUUAUUUGGUAGAGAAAACGAUGCAGAAGAUGAUAAUAUAGUGGAAUUAUUUGGUAGAGAAGGCGAUAUGGAUAGAAAAGAUGAUGAUUCAAAGGAAUUUUGUAGAGUAGAUGAUGCAAGAGAAUUAUGA